AUGGUACCCAGAGCUCUACGCGAAAGAUCGCAGCAGCCCAAACCGGCGAAGAAGACGAAUCCCGCCAAUUUCUUCAUCUGGAUAUACCUCCUCAUCGGAUCUCAAGCCAUUCGCAUCUUGACUCUCAAGAACGAGCGGCGUGAGGACAAUAGAAUCGCAGAUGUCAAACUGCGACAGUUGAGGGAAGUUGUCGAGAGACUUGGGAAUGGCGAGGACGUCGAUGUCGAGAAGAUGCUGGGAACUGGAGAUGAAACACAGGAGCUGGAAUGGGAGCAGGCACUACGGGAAUUGGAGAGCGAAGAGCGUCUCUGGCAGAACAAUCGCUCAAAGAGCAAAGCUGAAAGGCUGCGAAAAAAGAUGCUAGAAGCUGAAGAGUUCCCUGCCAGCAAAAUCGUGGCGCACCCGGACGCAGAGGUAGAUCCUGUUGUUUCUACAAAACCGCCCGCAGCACCGGCGUUCUACUGA